CGGAAUGAUGAAAGGAUGAAAUUCUCUUCCUUUGGCUUUGCGAAUUAAAUUUAUCUUUUUGAUUUUUGGUGAAAUACCUAGGCAUAUGAGGUAAUGUAUUGGGAUUUUGGGGGGCCAUGCAUCAACUUCGCCCUCGCACAGCUAUAAAUCGGACUCUUCCUUUCAUUCUCUCCGCAUCGCAGCGACUCCCCAAUCCUUCUUACACGUAAAAAACAAGUUGGAAAAUCGCUUUUGCUUGGCUCCUCCAACAUGCGUGUUCGCUCUUACAUUACUUGGUUCGAUGAGGUCGAGUUCAUCGGACGAGAGAUUACCUUUACUGAGCCGUUUCCCUCGACCUGGAGGCUUGAGCAGAAGCUGAGAGAGCAUGAACGUUUUGCGUCUGAGGACGAUGUUAAGUCGGGUCUAGACUGUGAAGCUCAGGCCGUCUUUGUCUGUUCAAGGGUGGCGGGGCAGGUUCCGCAAGAAGCCAUUGUGAAAAUCCGGUUGCAGAUCCCUUGGAUCGGUACCGUAAACGAACCGCCUCACACACGAGCCAAACAAGCCAAGUCUGAUUGGACCUUCUUUGCGAAAAGGGAACUUGAAGCGCUGUCGAUUCUCAAACACAACAACUGUUCUUCAUCGCCGGCCUUGCUGGGCUGGAAAAGGGAGGAGCAAGAUGCCCACAUGUGGGUUCCUGGCGGAUACAUGCUUUGUAUCUUGAUGGAACGGCUUCGGGGGGUAAAUCCUGAACCUUAUUAUUGGGGAUGCAAAAUGGAUCGUGAGGAGCGCGACGAGCUGCGAGCGGCGUUCAAAAAGGCCUAUCUGGAAUGCGUUGCCUGUGGGGUUGUGCACGGGGAUUGCGCCAUUCGGAACCUUGUUUGGGACCGCGAACUCCAGAAAUGCUACCUAGUGGACUUUGAGAUAUUUUACCGGCCAUCGAAGAGACUGGGGAAAUGGCAGGACAUUGACUAUAUCGAGUGGAACCUGGCAGAGUGCUCAGAUGGAGAUCUUCAUGAUAUGUCUACAUGGAAACUAUGAAACAUCACGACUGAUACUGGCGGAUGGGACAAGGGAACAAUUGGCAGGGAAAAUGUUCACCACCGGACGGAGUCCACGGAGUUAUUAACGAAACUUUAUGCCAUCAAUCUAUACAUCCAGGAACACAUGUCAUCAUUUGGAGCUGUGCUAGAUUUUGGUUCUCUCUCUCUGUCUCUCUGUUCUUUCCUGUUUUUUUUUUCUUAUCAAUGUAAUAGAAGGGACGGGUCGGACGACUAUUCCGGGACCCCCCCAAUUCUCUUCCCUUUCCUUUUUCUUUCUCACUCCGCAAUCCCUCUUUCUCUAUGCUUUUCGGUGCUCGGUGCUCGGUGUUCGACUAAUAUUAUAUCGCACGCACGACGGUAUGAGAUUCUAGGAAAUUCAUUUUUUUUCCCUCACCAGAUAUCAUAGCGCUGUAUAUUCUUCAUGGAAAUGCAAAUUAGACGAGAGUGGGAAAUGGAAUCUUAAACGAACCGAU